UUUUUCUACAGCAGCAGCUGCGCACUCAAAAAUACAAACAUGUCUGUGGUGCCUGAUGGCAAGAAGCUGGUCCGGAGCCCGAGUGGGCUCCGCAUGGUUCCGGAGAACGGAGCUUUCAACAGUCCGUUUUCCUUGGAUGAGCCGCAGUGGGUUCCGGAUAAAGAAUGCUCCAGGUGCAUGCAGUGUGACACUAAGUUUGACUUCAUCACCAGGAAGCAUCACUGCCGGCGCUGUGGCCGGUGUUUCUGCGAUAAAUGUUGCAGUAAGAAAGUGGCUCUGCCCAGGAUGUGUUUUGUGGAUCCGGUGAGGCAGUGUGCAGAGUGCAGUCUCAUCUCACAGAAAGAGGUGGAGUUUUACGACAAACAGCUUAAAGUGCUCACUGCCGGUGGAAAUUUCCUGGUCAAAGUAGGUUCCUCAGAGAAAACAGAGAUCAUGGUGUGCCGCUUGUCCAAUAAUCAGAGAUAUCUCUUCCUAGAUGGGGACAGUCAUUUUGAGGUGGAGCUGUCUCGCAUUUCCAGUACGCAGGUGUUGACUGAGGGAUCAACCCCAGGAGAGAAAGAAAUAUGCUCUUACACCAGUUUGCUGGACAGUGAAAUUUCUGAAGGUGGUUCCCCCCGUGCCAGUGGCAUGAUGCUUCAGUACAAGCCACCAGGAUCUCAGAACCUUCAGCAGCUCCACAUGGAGACUGCAGAAGACAAGCGCACCGCGUCUGCCUGGCUCGCAGCCAUGCACAAAGCUGCCAAACUGUUGUAUGAGUCAAGGGACCAGUGAAAUGAGGAAACCAGUGAAAAGGAAAAAGCACAGUGCGAAAGACAGAGGGAUGGACAGAAUAAGAAGAGGCAGAACAAAACCAAGUAUUAUGUGUUAUUCAGUCUUACAUGUACUCUAAGAUGCUUGUAUGAUUUCUAUCAAAUCCUUUGCUUCUACUUUGUCGAGACAGACCUGAUGUACUUACAAACUGUCUGUCUGUGCCAAGGGGAGGACCAAUUUUUCAGACGACUCUUGUGCAAUAUGAACAUGUAUGAUAAUAUAUAAACACCAUUUAACAGAUGCUUUCAAUGUAGUCUCACGUAUCAAACUUUUGUAAACAAAAUAUAUUUUGUCAGAUAUUCUUAUUUUAACACAAAAAGCUGUGUAUCUAAUUUUUACUGCCCAAGUAUUUACGAUAUUUAGUGCUUUUCUUUUCUUAACAUGUUUAAAACACUUUUGAAGAACACUUGUUUUUCCUACACUACAGAAUGACGUUUCAUGUGUUGGUUAUGUGUUUUAUGUCUACAGAGGAAGAUUUCUCAUUUUUUUUUUUUUUUUUUUUUUUUUUUUUUUCCUUGAA